CAAGACAGACCUUUCAAAGGGGGGAGCUCCAUUCAAAUCAUAAAACGCAGUGCUUGCUUUCAGAUGAAAACUGAUAAUGAUUACAGAUAUUGUAUUGGGUUUCCUGGACAGAGUCUAGUGCAUUUUUUUUCUCUUCUACUACUCAGACUAUAAUAAUUUGUUAUGAUCACUGCCUGAGAGGUGCAGAUCCAGUUAGUCAAGCUCGGUCUCGUUCUGCAGUCUGUGAUUGUAAAUGGGCAGUGAGUAAGCUGAAGCCGGAAGAUGCAAGCAGACUGACACUGAGCAGACGACUCGUCCUCAUAGUGAGACUUCAUAUCCCUUCUAUUCAACACAGCGCAGCCGCUGUGUAAAUGUAAGAAGAACAUCACCAUGGAUUUGGAGGUUGUUAAAUAUGUGGUGUGAUGGUAAUAGAAGCUCUGGGCACUUGCAUCGAAAAACAUACUCCAGCCAGAAUAUAAGAAAUGACGAUGAGCUCUGAGAAGCUGUCCCUUCCUAACCACACCCAGGAGGAGCAAGAUAUUUUCCAGAAAGCAUUCACCAAAGAUUUUGAGAAUUUAAAGACUAAUCCAGUCAUUAACCCAUCCUUCUGUAAUUUCUAUGUAACCACCUGCAACAUGUCAUCAUUAUCCUUAUACACGGACAAGGAAGCGCAGAAUAUAAUUCAGCUCAGUGACCCUCCUGGCAAGCAGCUGGCUCUCCUGAAGUCUGUAGAUGAUAAAGGCCCGCAAGCGGUUGCAAUAUUUUACCUAUUGCUACAGAUGAAUGAUGAAAGAGCCUACGGAGAACUCCCCAGCUGCAAGGAGAAUGGAUUUGCUAAGCCAGCUGCCCAGGUAGCACCCAUGCGGCCACUUAUACAGAAAAAAGAAGAAAAGAAUGCCUCACCUAAUACAAAUGAGAAGAAAGAUCUGGAAGAGAAAGACAUCAAUGAAGAUACUUCUGCUUCUGAGAAAGUAGGUAAAUUUGACAAAAAUCAAGGAAAAUCCCAAAGAAGAUCAUGGGGAAUAAAAAAAGAUGAUGAGUUUUUUCACUUCAUAAUUGUGUGUUUUGCGCUGGGAGCCGUCCUGGUAUGUGAAUACUACUAUAGUGACUGGACAGUUUCAGCCGGCUUUGGUUUACUUUCAUUUGCAACGCUGGAAACCAUUGGAAUCUAUUUUGGAUUGGUUUACAGAAUCCGGACUGUUGUGGAACAAUUUCUGCCCUUAGUGGGAAGAUUUACGCUAGGCUCUAAGAAAACUGGAUAACAGAACAUACUUCUUACCUUGUGACCGCGGGGACAAAUAUAGAUAUGAGCAGCCUGUCUACCAAUCCUAGGACUCUGAAUCACUAGAAACAGAUAUAUUGCAAGAGUUCUGUGAUGAGAAGAACGCUGAUGGACUCUCCUGAUGAAAUGGAUAAAUCAUCAGACAUGGAAAAUUGUCCGUAGGGUCUGUAAUGCCUAAAUUAGGCUGGGUCCAUAUUACAACCUAAACCAGAAACCUCCUCCACUAUUACCGAAACAUACUUAGACCCCCCAUAGAACCCUAUGGUGGUGUACUGUAGAUGAACUGGGGCAGGGGUCUGGGUGUUGUGUUUGUAAUAUCGACCCUACAGUUUAGUUAUAUUAAAGGGAUUGUCCGUUUUAAAGCGGAAACAGGAUAACUCGGGGGUUCAACCUGAAAUAAAGAAUGGAAGAUUACUUACCUGACAGAUCCCACACCGCUACUCUGGUUCUCCCACCAUGAUUCUGUUCAGUGUUGAGUGAAUCGAAGCUGACUAAGUGGAAAUCAAUCAGAAUUUCAGGAUAAAUUUUAUUCACCGCAAAGCUGAAUUUCCAUGAAAUGGCGGUAAAAAAACAACCCAAAAAAUCAUACUUACCUCAUCCGUUUGAGCGCGAAAAGGCAGCGGUGGCCAUCUUGCUUGAAGAUCCCGCGCAAAAUCUGACGUCACCACGCCGGCUGACCUGAUAUCAUCACACACCAUGCAAGAUUUCAUGCCGGAUCUUAAAGCAAGAAGGCCACGCUGCCUCUUCGCGAUCAAAUGUUUUUUUUGUUUGUUUUUUUAUUUAUUUUUUAACUGAGUAAUCCGUGAAAGGCCUUAAUAUGGAUCUCAGAUGCCACGAUCAGCAAUGAACGCGGCCUCUGAGGGGUUCAAUGAUUGGGGGGGGGGGGAUUGCCACUCCCUAUACAUUUACCCGCUAUUUACAAAUAAAUGCGCUUCAUGACGAAGUAAUUUAUCACAAAGCAAAUAAUUUUUGUAAAAUUCAGCAAAGCAGCCGAAUCAAAUUUUUAAGAACUUUGCACUGGCUGCAGUAGUAUUGUCACUUUGACAAUAUCUGACUUCUGCAGCCAAUCGCUAGCCUCUUCGCCACACUGAUGAGGCCAGUGAUUGGCUGCAACGAUCACAUGUUGUUGACGUGAUGCCCACACAAAAGAUGGGAAAGUAGAGUUCUGCUGGGAGAACAGAGCUGCAGAACUGGAUCUGUCGAGUAAGUAAUCAUCAUUUUUUUUUUUUUAUACAAGUCAAUUUUUGAAACUAAAAACACUUUUUAGGCUGGUUAAACAGAAAAUUACAUUUUAACCCCAUGGUGGGCAGGGACUAGUGUGAUUAAUUACAAUAUGAGUAAUUUGCUGUGGUAUAUGUUGACACUAAUAAAAAAUAACAAAUGUGUUCUUUGCUGGC